UAAACUGUCACUCGCUUUCUGCAAGUGGGCAGAGCAAACAGGCUCGUGCGCCGUGGCUGGCUGAAAUCAUUCCAGUCUGCUCAACGCAGCGACGUCUCCACUCGCUCUUAUCCUGGAUUUUGAGUCCUAUUACCACCCGUAUAUCAUCACCUUGGGCUACCGACAAAAGCUAUUUAAAAGGAUGCGACAGAUUGGAAUCAGGCCACUGAGAUGUUACUGAGCGAUGAGGAUGGGUCAGAGAAGGAAAUCCCUUCGGUGAGGCAAACAAGCUGUGCGCCACGCCCCAAAACCACCGCAGCUACACCGGCUGACGCAGCCAUGCCCCGUCUGCCUUCCUAAAUCUCCUCCCCUGCCUCUGCACCUCCCCUUGGUCAAAUCAGAGUCACAGCAGCCCCAACAACUCCCUGUAAAGUCAGCAUGGCUACACCCUUUCUGUGGAAGCUGUCAUCCCAGAAGCUGGGCUUCUUCCUGGUCAGCUUUGGGUUCAUCUGGGGCAUGAUGCUGCUGCAUUUCACCAUCCAGCAGCGAGCCAGCCAUGAAAACAGCGCUGUGCUGAGGCAGCAGAUCCUGGACCUCAGCAAGCGCUACAUCAAGGCCCUGGCUGAAGAGAACCAAAGUGUCAUGGAUGGGCCGUAUGUGGGUACCAUGACCGCUUAUGAUUUGAAGAAGACCCUUGCAGUGCUGCUGGAUAACAUCAUGCUGAGGCUUGGCAAGCUAGAGUCCAAGGUGGAAAACAUCUACAACGGCACAGGGGGCAACCUGACCAACGGCACCAGCACUGCCACACCCAGCGCCACAAAUUCAGAAAAAGUAAACGUGGCAGACCUUCUAAACGGAGCCCAGGAGAAGUGUGAUCUGCCGCCUUUGGAGGGUUUCCCUCACUGCGAGGACAAGGUUAAGUGGAUGAAGGAGAUGUGGCGCUCAGACUCCUGCUAUGGCAACUACGGUGUAGAUGGAUCCACAUGCUCCUUCUUUAUCUACCUCAGCGAGGUGGAGAACUGGUGUCCUCGCCUGCCUUGGAGGAUAAAGAGCCUCAAUGAAGAUUUAGACAAGAGGGGACAGGCGGAGGUCCGGACCAGUUUUGAGGAGCUUUACCGCGUGAUGUCGCAACGCGAGGAGUUCCGCUGGAUGAUGCUGAGGAUCAAACGCAUGGCCGAGCCGUGGGUCAGCGCCAUCCGCUCGCUGGCUGCCAAGCAGAACCUUGCCCGGCGUCGGAGGAAGAAGAUCCUGGUGCACUUGGGCCUGCUGACUAAAGAGUCGGGCUUUAAAAUAGCAGAAAACGCCUUCAGCGGUGGCCCAUUGGGAGAGUUGGUCCAAUGGAGUGAUCUUAUAACCACGCUGUACCUGCUGGGCCAUGAUGUUCGCAUCUCAGCCUCCCUGGCGGAGCUUAAAGAGAUCAUGCGCAAAGUCAUGGGGAACAAGUCCAGUUGCCCGACUCAAGGUGACAAGGUGGUUGAGCUCAUCUACAUUGACAUCGUGGGCCUCACCCAGUUUAAGAAGACGCUGGGACCUUCCUGGGUCCACUACCAGUGCAUGUUGCGUGUGCUGGAUUCGUUCGGGACGGAACCAGAGUUCAACCACGCCCACUACGCCCAGUCCAAGGGUCACAAGACGCCCUGGGGGAAGUGGAAUCUCAACCCGCAGCAGUUCAACACCAUGUUCCCGCACACCCCAGACAACAGUUUCCUGGGCUUCGUUGUGGAGCAGCACCUCAACGCCAGCGACAUCAGACACAUCGAUGACAUCAAGAGACAGAACCAGUCACUAGUCUACGGCAAGGUUGACAACUUCUGGAAGGACAAAAAGAAAUACCUUGACACCAUCCACAGCUACAUGGAUGUCCAUGGCACCGUGCACGGCACCAGCACCGUUCACCUUCCAAGCUACGUCAAGAACCACGGCAUCCUGAGCGGCCGAGACCUGCAGUUCCUCCUCCGGGAAACCAGGUUGUUUGUGGGUCUGUCCUUCCCCUACGAGGGUCCUGCCCCCCUGGAGGCCAUCGCCAACGGCUGUGCUUUCCUUAAUCCCAAAUUCAACCCUCCAAAGAGUAGCAAGAACACAGACUUCUUCAAAGGCAAACCCACGCUGAGAGAGCUGACCUCUCAACAUCCGUAUGCCGAGGUGUACGUGGGUCAACCCCAUGUGUGGACGGUGGAUAUUGAAAACUCUGCCGAGGUGGAGAGGGCCAUUCGUUCCAUCCUCAGCCAGAAGAUUGAGCCCUACCUGCCCUACGAAUUCACCUGCGAGGGUAUGCUGCAGAGAGUCAACGCCUUCAUUGAGAACCAGGACUUCUGCCACGGUCAGGUGAUGUGGCCCCCUCUCAGCGCUCUGCAGGUGAAACUGGCCGAGCCGGGUCACUCCUGUAAGCAGGUGUGUCAGGAGGAGCAGCUCAUCUGUGAGCCCUCCUUCUUCCAACACCUCAACAAGGACAAGGACCUGGCCAGGUUUGGUGUGGACUGUCAGACGGUGGAGUCGAGCGCAGACACGCUGGUCCCGGCCUACAGUGAGGCUCGCCACCACUGCAUCUUCCAGUCUGACCUGCUGUUGUUCAGCUGCGCGGGCGACCACCAGUCGCUGCGACGCAUCUGCCCCUGCCGCGACUACAUGAAGGGCCAGGUGGCGCUGUGCAAAGACUGCCUAUAGCACCAACACCCAGGCUGAAGGAAGGGGGGGGGGGCUGACAUAGGCUUGGGCGGUGUUCAGGUGUUGCUGGUUGCCGUUUAACGAAGUCGGAGCAGCUCAAUGGGUGUGUUUGAGAGACAUGCAGCUGUCAAUCAAACACACACACACCAGACUUUUGUGGGAAGCUUUCUGUGCAGAUAAACAUUCACAGGACUGCGUAUGUUCAUCAUAUUUAUUGUUUUCCCCAGCUGCUGGAGGUAAAGCAGCCAAGUUGAGCAUACGUCAACCCUCUGGAUCACCGGCGGCGCUACGAGUCCCGGAGGCGGUGUAAAAUUACUUGAAUCAACAAAGAGAGUUGUCUUUAAAACUGCAGCCUCCUUGGUGGACUGCACAUCAGUGACUGCCUGCCUGUUUGUCUUGAGGUU